CCGGAAGUUGCUGUUAUAUUUUCUGCAGAAAUGCCCUAGCUGAGCUGGUUGAAUGGAUGUUGUGAUGCUCUGAGGUGCCUUUGCUUCGGGCUUUGCUCUAAUUUGUACGAGAUGACGUAAAACUUUAAGUUUAUCUCUUCACGUUUUUGCUCUUGUCUUCCGCCCUUACCCGCCGCUGCUGGUCAGAUCACCAUGGCAACGAGGAUGAAGCUGAAGCUGAAGACUGUGUUCAUGCUCUACUUCAUGGUCUCCCUGAUGGGCCUCAUCUAUGCACUGAUGCAGCUCGGCCAGCGUUGUGACUGCACAGAGCACAUCAUGCCAAAAGACCGUACCAUAUCUCAUCUUCGGGGCGAGCUACACCAUCUUCAGGAUCAGAUAAAGAAGUUUGAGUCAACAAAACAACCCAAAAAACAGCCACUCAAACCUUCCCUGCCCACAAUCUUUGUCAUUACUCCUACAUAUGCGAGACUGGUUCAGAAGGCCGAGUUAAUCCGUCUGGCCCAGACUUUCCUCCAUGUUCCUCAGCUCCACUGGAUUGUGGUGGAGGACUCGCCACACAAGACGCCUCUUGUGACUGAUCUCCUGAUGAAGAGUGGUUUGGUCUACACACAUCUACACAUGCUCACGGCCAAGGACCGCAAACUAAAGGAGGGCGACCCCAACUGGCUGAAGCCCCGUGGAGUGGAGCAGAGAAACGAGGGCCUGCGAUGGCUCAGAGAGGAGAGAAGAGCUCAGCCAGGAGAAGACAACCAGCAGGGAGUGGUUUACUUUGCUGAUGACGAUAACACAUACAGUGUGCAGAUAUUUGAAGAGAUGAGGAGCACCCAGCGAGUUUCAGUGUGGCCGGUGGGGCUGGUUGGUGGGAUGAAAUAUGAAAGGCCCGUUGUUGAAGGAGGAAAGGUGGUUCGUUUCCACGUCGGCUGGCGGCCCAGUCGUCCCUUCCCGAUGGACAUGGCUGGCUUUGCUGUUUCCCUCAAACUGGUCCUGGCCAAUCCGGAGGCUUGUUUCGAUGGAGAGGCACCAAUGGGCUUCCUAGAAAGCAGCUUCCUUCAGGGUCUGGUUACCAUGGAUGAACUGGAGCCCAAAGCCGACAAUUGCACUAAAGUGCUGGUGUGGCACACACGGACAGAGAAACCGAAGAUGAAGAGAGAGGAGGCGCUACAGGCGCAGGGACUGGGUUCAGACCCCGCUGUAGAGGUCUGAGAAAAAACACACACUCACAGACACACAGACAGACCCACCCUCACAGUGUAAAGCAUCCUCUGCUGUUAAAUGCCGCAUCUGUGACCAUGCGCUAUAAAUACUGGAAAACAGAAAACAUCUGUUGUAAGAGACAUUUAAAUUCACCUGCUAAUGACUGUUUUUCUUUUUAAAUUGGGUCAGAUAGUAAAUGUUACUGUUUUGUAUUUUAAACCAGUGCGUGUUUAAGGAUUUCUUUAUUUAUUUUAGCUAGUUUGUCUUUGUUAAGCUGUUAUGUGGAUAAUCAUGCAGUUCAAACAGUUAACUGAAGGGGGCGCCGGAUCAAAACUUUAUAGAGCCACACUGUUGCACAGUUCGUGUUCAUGUAUGUGUCAUUUGUUUUUAUUAUUAUUAUGCCACAUUUUUGUAACUAUGGAUGAGGACAACAAUAAUAUAAGUGGUACAGGUAAAGGUAUAGACCUUAACAAGGAAGAUGUGGCUUUUGAUAUAAUGGCUAUGCCUGUGAAGAUCUGUUUAGAAUGUGUGUAUCUGUACAUUCACAAAGGUGGAUAAAUAAUAUAAUUCAAAAGGUAGAUAUUAUGAUUAUCACCAUAUCAUGCUAAAAAUGUAGAAUAUAUUAUUAUUAUUAUUUUAAUAAUAAUAAUAAUAAUAAUAAUAAUAAUAAUCAUCAUCAUCAUAAAAAAUAUGUUAUAUGGUCAGUUUGUAAUAGUACCUGUUAUUACUCUUUUUGCAUUAUUGAUUAGUUAAAUCUGCUGUGAAACGCUGGGUUGCCUUCAGACCCAGACAAAACAGAGCUCUGGGAAUGGAGCUUAUUUUUCAGGGACCCAGCAGUUUACUUGAUAUAUAUUUUGAUAAUGGGAAAACCUCUGCCCCUGGGUACCAUGAAAAAAGCUGCACUGGUAAAUUUAAUACAAUCCUGGUUCCAAAAAUGUUGAGGAGUUGUAAAUAACAACAGAAUGCAAUGAUUUGAAAAUCUCAUAAAAACUUUCUUUAUUCCCAAUUGAACAUAAAAACAUAUCAGAUGCUGAAACUAAGACAUGGAAAAUAUCAGGUCAUUUUGAAUUUGGUGACAUCAACAUGUGGUUGGAUCAGGGGCAAUAAAAGAGAGAAUUAAAACUAAUCAGGUUAACUCGCAAAAGGUCAGUAACAUGGCUGGGUGUAUAAGGAGCAUUUCAGAGAGGCAGAGCCUCUCAGAUAUAAAGAUGGACCAAUCUGCAACUAAGUUUCAACAUCUGAUUCAUAGUUUAUUUUCUAUUGGUUAUGAAAUAUGGGUUUAUUUUACACAGUUCCAGCCUUUUGGGACUUGAAAGUAUUAAUGUGGACAUGAUAACAAAUAAUUAAUAAUCAUAACAUUGAGCGUUUUCAUAUUCAUUCAAAAAUAUUGUAAUAUAAACAUAGGAGAGAAAAAGAAAAAAAUCACCUGUUCCAGACAUAUGUUACCUUUCCAUUACAUUCAUAUGUUGAAAAAACUCAUGAAAAUAAUUCAGAUUAAUGAUGUUUAGAAGUAUUGUCAGGCUGAGGUAGCGCUUACUCAUUUAUCUGACAGUAAAAAUAGUCGUAACAUUAAUUGCAGCCCAAACUAUGCUGAACAAAUAAAAAAAAGAAAGAAGUCGUUGCCUUCCGUUUAUGCUGCCAUGCACUUGUGAUAGAAGGUAAACAGGUAAAACCUAGCAACACUGUACUGCAACACAAGCAUGGGAUUUAAUGGCUAACACUCUGCGUAGUCCUGUUAAAUCUUAGAGCUCAGAUGUUGGUUUUUGGUGUCAGAGCAAACAACAAGUCAAUGUUGUCAUUAAUGUUUUUAUGUUUACUUUGAGGGAUCUAUUUGAGGGAUGUUUAGUGGUCCUAAAUAAGGCAAGAGCACUGAUGGAGCUCAUGCACAUGUAUGUUCUUUAUGUAAUAAACAAAUACAAAAAGCAUUGUCCACUGUGUUACAUUUACACAUUUUAGUGAUCAGAAAAACACUUGAACUUGUCCUAAACAGGCGGGAAACUCUCUGUACUUUUACGUGGGCAGUAUUUUAAAGCUGCUGUUGGAUUAAAAAAGUUUAAAGUCUAAACUGAACUACUGGAGCUGUGCUUGACUUUCUUCCACAAGAUCCUCUAAAGUCAGAGGAGUGAAGAUCCGAGUAUUAUUAAAGCUCAAAGAAGCUGCUUUUUAUGAAACUGUACAAACUGCCCGCUUAAGUGUAAUUAGUGCCUGUUCUCUGCUGGUGUUCACGUAUUUAUGACUGUAAUUUUGCUCUUUACAUUGUACAGUGUGAUAAUGUCUGUCCCUGGCCUUGAGAAUAAACCUACAUUAUCUUAAA